AUGGCAGCGCAGGAGACCGCCGCGGGCGGCGGCGGCGGGAUCCCGCAGCAGGUGGUGACGCGGUGGCGGUACGGGGACGUGGGCGACAGCAACUUCGCGGUGCACGGGCGCGCGGUGCCGCUGCUGGUGGGCCUGCUGUGCGCCGUCGUCGUCUUCGUCGCGCUCUGCCUGUACCUCCGCUGGAGGUGCCACCGCUACGCGCCCGCCGACGACCCGGAGGCGGCGGACGCCUCCUCGUCCUCGUCCUCGGCGGCGGCGGCCGCGGCAGCAUCGCUACCCGGCCUCGACGCCGACGCCAUCCACGGGCUGCCCGUCAAGCUGUACCGCACGCCCAAAACGUCGGCGCCGCCGCGUAUCCCCGGGGAGGCCGAGGCCGAGGCCGACGACGACCAGGCGGCGGAGGCGCUGUGCUCCAUCUGCAUCAGCGCGCUGGUGGCCGGAGAGAAGGUGAAGGAGCUCCCGCCGUGUGGCCACUGCUUCCACCCGGACUGCGUCGACGCCUGGCUCCGGUCCCAGCCCAGCUGCCCGCUCUGCCGUUGCCUCCUCGCCGCCGCCAAGGCUGAUGCCAACGACGCCGUGUGA